UUGCUAUCGAAUCCGGAUCCGGAGGCGCUUGCCAGUGGUAACAUCCUCAAUUCAAUCUUCUUUCUACUGCUCGCCAUUGGUUCCGGUCUCACCACUUUCGCCUCUGGAUCACUGUUCGGUAUCACAGGUGAAAAGAUGGCAAUGCGACUACGAAUGGAUGUGUUCAAGAACAUUAUGCGCCAGGAUGCUUCCUAUUUUGACGAUCCAAACCACAACACAGGAAAUUUGACAGCCCAUCUCGCUUCGGACACACCGAAUGUGCAAGCUCUGUGUCAAGGCAAGGAGAGACUGAACGCGGAGAGAGAGUAUGAUGGUGAUGGAGGCGCGAGCAUAAGGGACGGGGCUGCUGCAGGUCCAAACCCUGAGGCAGUUGAACUGCUUGCGGAGCCUGAGAACUUGUCAGAUGGACCCCAUAGCAUGGGGACGACAUCCGUUUGUCUCCGUCUGGCGCUCGUCAAGAGCGAGGAAGCUCCAAUAGGACAGAGAGAUAUGGAGUCAGCUGUGGAAGCCAGUCAGAUAGUGACGGAAUCAAUUUCGAACACACGAACGAUCCAAGCACUCUGUAAGGAGGGCUACAUGUACGAAGCAUACUGUGCUGCAGCACAGGAACCUCAUAAAAGGGCUCUUGUACGAGGCCUAUGGCAGGCGCUGUCCCUAGCGCUGUCGAACAGUUUCGUUGUGGUAAACUUCGCUAUCGCCUACGCUUUUGGUCUGUGGCUCAUCCGAAACGGAUGGAGUACGCCCUUUAUAGUAUUCCAAACAUUAUGCGCCAGGAUGCUUCCUAUUUUGACGAUCCAAACCACAAACACAGGAAAUUUGACAGCCCAUCUCGCUUCGGACACACCGAAUGUGCAAGCUAUAGUGACGGAAUCAAUUUCGAACACACGAACGAUUCAAGCACUCUGUAAGGAGGGCUACAUGUACGAAGCAUACUGUGCUGCAGCACAGGAACCUCAUAAAAGGGCUCUUGUACGAGGCCUUUGGCAGGCGCUGUCCCUAGCGCUGUCGAACAGUUUCGUUGUGGUGAACUUCGCUAUCGCCUACGCUUUUGGUCUAUGGCUUAUACGAAACGCGCAUGGAACAGGAGUUAUGUUCACAAUGAUGCGACAGCGGCCAAAAAUCGACAAUAUGAGCCAUCAGGGAGAUAAACCGGUGCUCAAAGGCGACAUAGCGCUGAGAAACGUCUAUUUCUCGUAUCCGGUGCGACGGCGGCAGCUUGUCCUCCAAGGAAUGAACCUGAGCGUUCGACAUGGACAGACUGUGGCACUAGUGGGCGCCAGCGGGUGCGGAAAGAGCACCGUGAUACAGCUUGUCGAGAGGUAUUACGACGCCUUGUGUGGCACCGUGAGUAUCGACACCUACGACAUACGUGACCUCUCCAUUCGUUACGUGAGGGACAACAUGGCAUUAGUUGGUCAGGAGCCGACACUAUUCAAUGUAACAAUACGCGAGAAUAUCAUGUACGGUCUGGACAAAUGUUCUCAAGAGGAAAUUGAGCAUGCGGCACGUCUCGCCAACAUUCAUGAUUUUAUCAAUAGCCUUCCUGAGCGUUACAAUACGGUGGUUGGAGCAAAAGGUGCACUGUUGUCGGGCGGUCAAAAGCAGCGGAUCGCCAUCGCUCGUGCUAUUGUCAGAGAUCCGAAGAUAUUACUCCUCGAUGAAGCCACCAGUGCUCUGGAUACAGAAAGUGAAAAGGUAUCUUAA